AUGCGGGGCAAAGAAGUUGGUGAAACUUACAACAUUAUGCCUACAAGUGCAAUCAGUGAUGAAGGCAUUCCUGAUUUGUUGCUAUGGUUAGUUCAAUGGACUCAGAAGACUAUGGUUGAAAGACUUACUUGUAGUAAUGAAGUACAGUGCACAGUUUUGGAGGUUCAGGUUGUUGAAGGCCAUGGGACAACAAUUGACAUUGUGUUAGUCAAUGGUGUGCUUCAUGAAGGAGAUCAGAUAGUUGCUUGUGGCUUGCAGAGUAUUGGACAGCAUAUGUGA